GGAGGAAGAAUCUUAUCUUGAUCACGAGGUUGAUGCAAGAUCUGUAAAUAUGGAAGAAGCCAAACCGAAGGCGUUAAACAAUGCACCAGGUGAUAGCGAAGAACCGUAUCUUAUUGCCGAACCAGAGAAAUCAGCUGUAAGUUUAUUAGAAUUACAGCCGCCCAAGAAAGAUGGAUCAGAUGCAAAGGAAACAAUGAAAGAGGAAGAAGCAAUGGAAUGCAGCUCUACCGCACCCCUGAAUCCCCCAGAUGUUCCAGGUCUCUACAAUGCUGCAAGUGAAGCAAAUGAAAAAGCACCGACACCGAUCACGCUGACGCCUGCUGAUGAACAAUUGGUACCAACUUCAAAGGAAGUCAUUGUCCAAUGCUCGUGUGCAUACAACGGGGACGAUGGUAUGAUGAUCUUGUGUAGUGUCUGCAAGAACUGGCAACAUGCUUCCUGCUAUCGCUUUUUUGCUGAAGAAGAUUGUCCGAUAAUGCAUAUUUGUGUUCAGUGUGCUAAGAGUGAGAAUAAAGAGUGUACUGAUGGUACUUUAGUUGGACUGACCCCUGUAAAGUUGCAGACAACAUGCUUGUGGAGGCGUGCUUUAGUUGCCUGUCGUGGAUCAACUCGACUUACGGCUCCAAAAUUUGCCGAUAGACUAGGUGUCGAGUACAAUGUUGCUCAUGGUCUUAUGAAGCGGAUGCAAAAUGAGGGAUUUUUGCGGCAAGCAGUCAAAGGAAAACGGCUUGGAAAAUUAAUCACGAAAGAGAAGGUCACUACUGAAGCUUUAAAAAAAUAUUUCUACCCAUCUGAGGAUGCGGUUGAGCGGAAUACGGAAUCAACAUCACAGCAGAAUGAGAAACUGGAGAGUAAAGAAAAAGAAUCUUUGGACGAAGAGGAAUUGCAAAGGAUGGUUAAUAAAGCAGCGGAAAUCGAUAUUUCUGGCAAGUAUCGGGCAAAAUCUGCAAAAGCGACGAGUAAGGUAGCAGAAGUCGUUGACCAAAAGAGUAAAUUGAGAAGCCGUAAAAGAGUAAUGUCUGCGAUCGAUAAUGAUUUAGAGUUUUCUGUGUCUAACAGUCAAGAUCCCAUGGAUUGUCAGCAUAAUGUCAAUCCAGCUAAAAAGCAAAAGGCCAGCGCUGCUGCUCAAGCUAUUUAUAAAAUGUUCAUGUCAGGUUUUUGA